CAUCGGUGCCCUGGGUGCCCGCGUCAUCUGCGACAACAUCCCGGGCCUCGUGGGCAAGCAGCGGCAGAUCUGCCAGAAGCAGCCCGACGUGAUGCGCAGCCUGGCCGAGGGUGCCCUCGACUGGAUCCACGAGUGUCAGCACCAGUUCCGCCACCACCGCUGGAACUGCAGCACACUGGAGCGCGACCACUCCGUGUUCGGCAGGGCCAUGCAGCGCAGUAGCCGAGAGGCGGCGUUCGUGUACGCCAUCUCGUCGGCCGGGGUGGUGCACGCCAUCACGCGCGCCUGCAGCCAGGGCGAGCUCACCUCGUGCUCCUGCGACCCCCGCAAGAAGGGCAAGUGGAGGGACGCGCGCGGCGAGUUCGACUGGGGUGGCUGCAGCGACAACGUGGCGUACGGCAUCCGCUUCGCCAGGGGCUUCGUAGAUGCCAAGGAGAAGAAGGAGAAGGACGCGCGGGCGCUCAUCAACCUGCACAACAACCGCUCGGGGCGCAAGGCGGUGAAGCGCUUCCUGAAGCCCGAGUGCAAGUGCCACGGCGUGAGCGGCUCCUGCACGCUGCGCACCUGUUGGCUCGCCAUGUCCGACUUCAGGCGCACGGGAGACUUCCUGCGGCGGAGGUACAACGCCGCCAUCCAGGUGGCGCUCAACCAGGACGGCACGGGCUUCCUCGUGGCCAACCGCAACUUCAAGAAGCCCACCAAGAGCGACCUCGUCUACUCCGACACGUCCCCCGACUACUGCCUGUUCGACCGCGAGGCUGGCUCGAUGGGGACAGCGGGACGGGCGUGCAACAGGGCGUCGCGCGGCACUGACGGCUGCGAGGUGAUGUGCUGCGGCCGCGGCUACGACACGACGCGGGUCACGCGCACCGCCAAGUGCGAGUGCAAGUUCCACUGGUGCUGCUCGGUGCGCUGCAAGGAGUGCCAGGAGAGUCUGGACGUGCACACCUGCAAGGCGCCCAAGCAGGCCGACUGGCUGGACCAGACUUAGGGCGCUGGGCGGCGCACGCCACGCCGGGCUGGGACGCGGCGGCGGCGGCGGCGUCAGGACGUGCGACGGACUCCGAGGUUCUUCGUCGAGGCGAUGGCGGCGGUGGGUUCGGGAGUGGGGGGGGGGGUCGACGGAGGUGACGGACCGUGUCGGGAUGGGAGGGUGGCAGCACUGCCGGGGGCGCGCCCCGGAAUUGCGCGACGCUGAGAGAGAGAUGAGGAGGAGGAGGAGGACGCGCGGGGAAGUGCCACCACUUUUGAGCCGGGACAUGACCCCCCUCCACCCGUCCGGAAUCGCCGAUGGACACGACCGCGGGGGGCUUGGCCCGGUCGACGGCUCCCUUGCAAGAACUCGCGGGGAGAGCGGCGGCGGCGGCUCUCGACGUCACCGCUGAGCCUCGCCCGCGUCUCGUGCGGCGCUCGAGAGGCUCCGAGCGGCGUCUUUCGUUGGUUGUUGUUGUUUUUGCUUUUCCUUUUGUGACCGUGAACUGAAAGUGCAAUUACGUCGAAAAUGACCCGACCCGCGCGGGACACACACACACGCAGAGAGAGAGAGACGCUGGGGUCGAGAUGUUGGAGCUGCCCUGCUCUUGUGUAGAGGAGGGGGGGGUGGUGGUGGUGGUGUGAGAGUCUUCUUGGGGACACGAGUUUACUGGCGGCUGUUUGGUGAUUGUCUCCCAGCACCCAUCCCAUCCACCCGCCCCAUACCCCGCGCGCUGUUCGCCCGCAACCGGCGAGCGGCGAGCGGCGUCUCCGUGAGCGGCCCUUCCCUCUCGUACGCACGAGCAGUCUUCUCCUCUGCACGAUUCCCUCGUCGUUCGCGAGGCGAGGGGUGGGUGGUGGCUACGUUCCGCGGACGCUCGCGAAUUUAGCCGCGGUUUUUUUUUAUUGUUGAGCGGACGACCAAAUCGGGGCCGCGGGGAAUAAAAAAUAAUUAUCUUAAAUGGAUACGUAAAUAAGCUAUUGGGUACACGAGAAUGAUCAUGACGACACAAACCAAUAACAAUCGGUGUUAAUAAACGUAAAGUAAAUAAAUGUUAAAGUAUUAAAUAGUUUCUGAAUGAACUCAUCACAUUCUCUCUCACCACUUGAUCCCAUCACUCUCGAUCACAGCAGUCGUGCAGAGAGUUCCAGACGCGAUUCGCGGACAGCCAAGUUCGUGAAUAACGUGGGAAUACUGUGUACAUAUUUGCACAUAAAGCGCUUGCCAUAGCGUGCAUAUUCUUCGUAUAGACGUAGCGUGCUUUCAGACUUAGUCGGAUAUGUAGUUGGCAUACAUUGUUACAUUAUCCAAUAAGUUAUUAAAUACUUUAAUGCCAUUAACUAUUUCUGAAUAGCUCUCCGAUGUGUAUGUUACCCACACAUGGCCAGGUUUUCCUUUGAUAUAACAACUAUUAAUAAUGCAAUUUCUGUCAUUUAUAGCUGUAUAUUGGCAUGGUAAAACGUCUCCAAUGUUGUAAGUAAAUUAUCUCUUUACGCGUGCGUGUGUGACUGUGUGUGUGUGUGACUGUGUGUGACUGUGUGUGACUGUGUGUGUGUGACUG